AUGGCUAUGGAGCUAGGCCAGAAAUAUGGUGCUGAGAAUCUGCCUGAAGAUGAUCUUGAUGAAACAGAGGAAAGCCCUGAUGAUGAUGAUGAUGAGCAGGAAAUGUCUGAUCGUGUGAUGGAAGAAAUGUCUAAUCAUGAGAUGGAAGUCAAGAAAGCCAAAUCAUCAUCCGAAAAAAGAACUGAGGAUCGACAAGAACUACAUGAUCUGCCUGAAGAUGAUGAUGAAAUUGAAUUAGAAGAUAGUCUUGAUAAUGAUGACGGUGAAGAUGAUGAUCAGAAGAAUACGAUGUUUGAUCAGAUGGAUUUAUCAAUGACAUUGAUAUUGCCAUUGCCAUUGAGGACAAGUGCAGAAAAAGAAGAUAAGAGCCCUGGCAUGAUGAUCAGGCAGAAGUCUGAAUCUGGAAAGGGUUUGGCUAUUAGUUUGCCUGCAGGGGGAAGCCAAAAGGAUGCUACUGAUCAACAAGUACAAGACACUGGGAAUGUGGUGAAAAAGCAGGGGAAUUCAACUGCAAACUCAAUUAUGAUGCCCAACUUGAUUAGGGAUAUGCCCCCAGUUGAUGAUUUGGAGUUGCAUGAACUUCAAGAAGGUAUGGCUCAGCUAGAAGAGAUGAAAAAGAAAGUAACAGAUCCAGUUAAUCAGAUCAGGAAGAGCAGCGCUGAUUCUUCUGGUGACUUCAAUAAAGAUGCAAGGACCUGCAAUGGAGAACUGACUAGGAGUUUUAAGUCUCAACCUUUUUUUUUGACACGGUAG